UCUCAGUUUCUUUCUGUAUUUCAUCAUGACUGGUAUACAGUAGGUGGUUCUCGCACGUCUAACAAAGAACUGUGUAUUUUUAAGUAACUUCGUGAAGAUGAAAUUAAAUAUGGUUGAUGAAAAGCAAGGACAUACAUACUAUCAGUGGAUAUAUGCAAGCGUUGCUUCCAUUGGAUUCAUGCUGUUCGGAAUGGAAGCCGGCUGGUUAUCUCCAAUAACGAAGACACUCCAAUCGGAACAUUCUCCACUGGGAUACCCACUGUCCAGUUCAACCAUAUCGCUUUGUGCCAGCGUCACGGCUAUCUCAUCGGCAUUUACCGUAUUUCUGUACUCCUACCUCGUCGACAAAUAUGGACGGAAGUGGAUUAUUUUUGCUAUAACUAUUCCACAAGCGUUGUCCAUUAUCAUGAGAAUAAUGUUCCCAAACGUUGUAGUACUCUUGAUAGCCAGGUCUGCCGCUGGUAUCUCCGCUAGCGGGGUUUUCACGAUAUGCACGAUAUACACUCGGGAGAUCAGCCAGUCAAACAUGAUCGGAAGGCUGGGGUCGCUCCAAGUUGUGCUCCAGUUCACAGGAUUUUUGAUAAUUUACCUUAUCGGAGCGUUCUUUGAAUAUUUCACAGUAUUAUGGAUAUUUCUCGCUUUUCCAAUUACAAUGGCAGUUUUGAUGAUCAGCGCGCCCGAAGCGCCGGCUUAUUUGGUGAAGAGUGGAAAGAUUGACGAUGCUUACAAAACAGUUGCUUUCCUGAGAGGUGUAAAAACUGAUGAUAAGGUUGUUGUGAAUGAAAUAAAUGAAAUGCAAAAACAAGAAGAAGAAUUCAAUUCUAUGUCCACGAUCGGAAUGAGAACUAUUAUAAGAGACAAAUCCUGGCGACAAGGACUCAUCAUCAUGCUUGCCACCUUCACCCUUCACUCGUGGAACGGAGCUUUCGCAAUUCUUACUUAUGCGUCCGCCAUUUUGUCUUCGACGGGAAACGUGUUUGACAUAAGUCCACAGUUACAGACCAUAAGCUUUCCUAUCGUGAUGAUCAUUGCAUCGUUAUCACUGACGGGCGUCGCUGAAAGAUUUGGACGAAGGGUCAGGGACCCAUCUAAAACAUGUUUACAUAUAAGUUUUGUUAGCCGCCGGCUUCUUGAUUUCGGGGCUCGCCCUAACAGCACUGGGUGUUGCCAUGUUAGUGAAGCAGUAUGGCUACGUGGUACCAAGCUGGCUACCGAUCACAUCAAUGAUGGUGGCCGUGGCGAUGUACGCAGGGAGUGUGCGACCCCUGCCCUACGUCAUUUCAACUGAGAUGUUCAAUUUUCAAGUCCGUGCCAAAGUUAUGGGCAGCAUCGUCACGUACGGGUGGGUCAUCGUCGCCACACAACUGUUUGCUUAUGGACCCUUGACGGCCACGUGUGGCUUACACGUCACAUUCAUCUGCUACGGAAUCAUUAACUUCCUCGGUGUCAUUAUGUGUUACAUCAUGCCGGAGACCAAAGGCAGGACAGAUCAGGAAAUAAGACACGCGUUGGCACACCCAAAAAGCAAAACUAUAAGCAAGCCCACAUAGUGCUUAAUGCCUUCAUCAACACGAGUGCCACACAUUCCAGUAUUUUCCUAUCAUAUUAUGACCGAUAAUGCGUUAUUCCUCAAUUUUACAAUCAAGCGACAAUGACGACGAGGGUGUAACACGCCAAGCUGCAGAUGCUACUCUGAACUGAGACCAACUUAAAACUAACACCCAAUUUGUGUUGUUAAAAUGUAUACUUAAUCCCGAUUUAAAUAGGAUUUAACAAUCCCCACGUAGCACUCCAGCAGGUCAUGUAGUUCUAGAAAUACAUAUACAACAAAUAAAGUACAGGAGAAAUGGUAAACGAGAAUUUUGCCCAUUUGGCAUUUGCAAUGUUGGAAGAACUUAAUUAUUUACGCUACUUCCCUGAAGUUAUUAAAACAAUUCAUAUUAUGCACAUUUGCGUAAUUGUUUGGAAAUUUUGGAGCAAACGAGACUACGAAUAAACUCGGGCACAAUCAUAAAGGAAUUGUUAUGACAUCCAGCAGUAUGGACACUUCGUGUGUUUUAAAUUUCAAUAGAUAUAAUAACCCCUUCAACUUCAUUACUGUUUUGGUAACUUUAACUGUACUUGUUAUGGUAACAUAAUAUAGAAUAAUUUUAAAAUAAUACACUAUACUUAAUAAUUCUAAAACAAUACAAAUAUAUAGAGCUUGAACAGUAAA